AUGGCAAAUGGGCUCAAUUUGAUCUUCCUUUUGGGUUUCCUACUUCUAUUGUCAAGGGCAGAAGCCAGAUCAAUGCCUGCUGCCUCCAUUUUACCUGAGUCUGAUCCAAAUGCUUCUUCUCCCAAUAUUCCCAUAAGAUCAUCACCUAUUGAGGAGGAACCAAGCUUGGAUUUGGAUGAUGAUGAUGCUUGCAAGGGUUUAAACAGUGAAGAGUGUUUGAUCAGAAGGUCCAUGGUUGCUCACACAGACUAUAUCUACACACAAGACAUCAGCUCUACUGGCCCAUGA